CUCAAUCUGUCUCUUCUACACUACGCGCCGGACUACAUUCAGCGGAGCGGCAGACGAAUUCGGUGGCGUCGUCUUUGCCGUGAUGCGUGGCAGCUGCUGGCGGUGCAAAUGUCUCGAUUGCCUCGGGAACCAUGCUAUUGCUCUUCUUCUUCUUCUCCUCCUCCUCCUCUCUUGAUCCUCUACCUUCCUAUUUUCUCGUCAGAUCGUUACGACAUCGACUUAUAGAACCCUAAACCGGACACCGGAAUUUCUCCUCUCAAUUCGUUCUGUGCAGGUUUCGAAAAUGGUGGCGGCGGAGGGAGUGGCCAAGCUUCUGUACAUAGUGGUACUGGAGGAUGACGCGGGAACGGCGGAGGGAGAGAAGAGUGGUCCGCCGUCAUUCCGCUACACGCGUUCGGUUCUCCAAACCACUUUGCAGCUGAUGGGUUGUAAGGCUCGUCAUGCCUUUAAGAUUAGCCAAAGGGUACUUGAAAUGCUCAGAAGUGAGACAUUUGUGGACAAAUUGGCUCCUGAAUGUAUAGAAGUGUCACCAGCACGGGGUGUCAAAGUACAUCCUCAUGGUGAUUCUGAAUUUUGUGUCCAUGCAUGCUCGGACAAAGGAGAUGAUCAUACAAUGAUACCGGAGGAAGAUAAAAGCAAAAGCAACAACAAGCCAUUCGAGUUAUACAAAAGACGCACAACAAUUGUUGUCAGAAGGAAAGUAUUUCUGGAUGUUGUUUGUGAAGCUCUAACAGAAUACAAGUAUAUGGGGCCAAACCAGAGGGCUGAUCUAGUUUUAGCUUGCAGAAUCAGAGAGAGAAAGGAAUCUGUGACUGUAUUACUCUGUGGCACAAGCGGCUGCGGAAAAUCUACAUUAUCUGCCUUGCUGGGAAGCAGGCUGGGUAUCACAACUGUUUUAUCUACGGACUCAAUUCGGCAUAUGAUGAGAAGUUUUGUUGAUGAAGAACAAAACCCUUUGCUCUGGACUUCAACUUACCUUGCUGGUGAAUAUUUAGAUCCAGUUGCAGUUGCAGAGGCUAAGGCCAAAAAGAAAGCAAAAAAGACAGCUGGUAUUUCUACUGCCUCACUGAUAAAGGAUGAAGUUCCCAGUAAUUCUUCAACUGGAAAAUCUGAUGGAAGUACAACCACUUGCGAUUUGAUUAGUCCAAAGCGGAUGGCAAUCGAAGGUUUCAAAGCACAAAGUGAGAUGGUUAUUGAUAGCCUUGACCGGUUGAUAACUGCUUGGGAAGAAAGAAAAGAAUCUGUUGUGGUUGAAGGGGUUCACCUGAGUCUCAAUUUUGUGAUGGGGCUCAUGAAGAAACAUCCUUCUGUUAUACCAUUCAUGAUUUACAUUGCAAAUGAAGAGAAGCACUUGGAAAGGUUUGCUGUCCGUGCUAAAUACAUGACUUUAGACCCUGCUAGAAACAAGUAUGUUAAAUAUAUCCGGAACAUAAGAACAAUCCAGGAAUACCUCUGCAACCGAGCAGAUAAGCACUUGGUCCCAAAGAUAAACAACACUAAUGUUGAUAAAAGUGUGGCAUCCAUUCACGCAACGGUCUUCAGCUGCUUGAGAAGGCGUGAGGCAGGUGAGCAUCUUUACGAUCCGAUCACAAACAAAGUUGUCGUUAUCGACGAGGAGUACAGAAAUCAGUGUGCUGCCAAUUCAUUGAGCUCCAAGGGAAUGUUUCAGUUGAUCCAGAGGCAAGGUUCCACACGACAGUUGAUGGCACUUCUGAAUGAUGAUGGCUCUGUGGCCAAGGCAUGGCCAGUUGACAUCCCAGUUAAUAAUGGCAUGAAGAUUGCAAGCUAUCCUGCAUGGAAUGGAAUCGGAACGCCUAUGUAUGGACCCUUGCAGAUUGGUAAAUCAGAGCCUGUCAACCUUCAGUUUGGUCACUUUGGUAUUAGUGCUUGGCCUGGUGAUACUGGGGGCACAAGCCAUGCCAGCAGUGUGGAUGAGUCCAAGGGUGAGCUCACCGACACUGGUAGCAGAUACUUGUCGUCUUGCUGCAGCUCACCAAGAAAUUCUGAUGGCCCUGCAUUGCCAAAGAGGGAAGAACUCUCCGUGCAUGGUAGUGAUGAAGAGGUCGAUGAGCCACCUGAAGUUGACAGUGAUGAGGAUCUUAGUGAUGGAGAGAAGCAACCCCACGAAGAGUUGGAAGGCUCUGUGGACGAAGGAUCCACCAAGUCAGAUGAGGAGUAUGACGACCUUGCGAUGCAAGAAAAUGGCUAUAUGUCCGAUGAUGAUGAAGAGCUGAACAAUAAAAUGAAGUCCAAUGAUAUUUCGAAAGAGGAAACACAUGAAACACAAAAGACGGACGUUUUUGAGAGAGCCAAAAGUGAGCCUUUGUCGGAUUCAGUGAUGCGUGCUUUGCUGCCUUUUAGAGAGAGAAAAGCUGCUAGCGUGAGAUUAAGAAAGCGUGCUCAGAGCAUAAAUCGUUGAUAGUUGGUGUCUUUCAGUUCUUUGUUAAUCUUCCAGACUCUUCAGAAACUACUACUAAUGUUGGCAUCUGUUUUUUUUUUUAAUAUUCUUUUACUAGUCUGUUUCUUCUGCUAUCUUACAACUGACUUGAAUUUUCGAUGCAAUUGAGAUUUGAGAAGACACACAUAGUGUAAUCUCUUCUUCAAUAUAAAUUGGAGUA